AUGAUCGACACUUUGAGUUAUGUUAUCACUGAACAAAAGUCAAACGUGGGUUUUAUUUGUGGGAAUUUGUUAUUUGGUUAUGUCGUUUUGGUUAUGUCGUUUUGGUCUAUCAUUAUAAUUUCAACCUUCGUGGUAUAUUCGGACAUUAUUUUGCAGCGUUUAGUUUUUUCGAGCAUUUGGUUCCUGAGGGGUUUGGUUACUGAGGGCAUUUAUUUAAAAGGUCAUAAGCGAUAUCGGACGUAUAACCAAUGGAUUAGCUCAGACAUUAUCAGUUUAAAGGCAACUGAGAAGUCAGGCAUGGUUUUUGUUCAUGGGAGCCUAUUUUGGGCAAGACUUUUUGACUAUGAGACUCUUCAAUACCUCCAAGCUUUCAACGUGUCAAGACUUAUAGAUGACAUCAAGACUACAUCAAUUCCUACGGAGGCUACCAAUCAAGAUGCUAAUUCAAACAUUACAAGAGUUGUGAAACAAGACAGCAAGAUUUUAGUGAACGACAUUGCAAGGUCAAAACUAAACACGCUAAGUGAACGAUACUAUACACACUACUUACAAGAUCUAGAGCAUUAUUCAAACAAUACACAAGAUAUUCAUAGAUAUUUUGACCAAAUGGUAAACGAUAACGCAACAAGGAUACCUCAGGAAUACAUCUACACAAGCCAUACACCACAAACGCUGAGUCAAAACAUACUGCAAUACUUCACUGAAUCACUCAUAGGUUAUCAAAUCUCAUCUCCGCAAGCAACAAGAAUACCUCAAGAAAUACAUCUACGCAAGCCAUACACUACAAACGCUGAGUCAAAACACACUGCAAUACUUCACUGA